AUGGCGGAACUUGAUUCUUGUUCAACUGCGUCGUCCGCCGCGGCGGCGGACGAGAGCAGAGGACCUUGUCGUAGUAUUACUGAAGGAGAUGGCAAUGAAGGGGAUGACGAGCGAACAAGCGGACAGAGUAUAGGAGAGGCAGGUGAUCUUGAUGUAGAAUCUGUAACAGAAGAAAAACGCGCUAAAGACGGCAAAAGCGUUGUACCUGUUGUCACAGCCCCAUUAGCGGAUGCUAACUGGAAACCUUUGCCCAUUCGGAAGAAACAUCGGCGAGGUUCGAAGCGAAACAAUAAGCCUAGGAAAAGAUAUGUACCAUAUGCAAAACUUUCAUGGGAAGAGAAAAAGCAACGGGAUGAGCGGGAUACUAAGAGGGCAUUUAAAUUGCGAGAACAGUACACAAACGCGAAAGGACGACCUACUGCUCCGUACAACACCACUCAAUUUCUCAUGGCCGAACACGAUUUAGCAGAGCCAGAUUUGGGUACACAUGCUCAUAUGCAGUCAGACGGCGAGGAAAGUACGCAGCUAAGGACCAGAGUUCCUUCUAAUUCCUACGACGAUUCAGAUUUCGACGACGAUUACAAUGAAUCUCCCGAGGACGAAAUUUACGAACAACAGUUUUUUGAGAAAGACUUUACUGAGACAUAUGAACAAGUCCAUGUCGAAAAUCUGCAUUCAAUGAGUAAGAACGACCUUGUACGUGAAUUUAUGCUGCUUGAGGAACGUGUAGAAAACAUGGAGUUGAAACUAAAGGAGUCAGAAGCUUUAAACAAAGUGUGUGCGAGAAUUUCUGGAGACGCUACUGUAGUCAACGGGGAUCGCUUGAUUUCCGAUCACAAACGAGACGUUCAAACUUCGAACUCCAUCACGAAAGAAGAUAUAUUGCUUCUUGAACUGAACAGGCUUCGUAAAGAAAAUGAGCGCUUGCUGAAAGAGAACGAAGAAAUGAAAGAUCACUGUCUGAAUUGUGCCGAUGCUAAAGUAUUUAAGUAG